AUGGAUGUUCCUCAUCAGGCCCUGGACCUAACGGUCCUCGGUUUAAAUAGUGGUACCUCGAUGGAUGGCAUUGAUUGCGCCCUUUGCCAUUUUCACCAGGAAACACCGGAGUCUGCGAUGCGUUUCGAACUCCUCAAGUACGGCGAGAUCCCUCUAGAGCCCACCAUCAAGAGCCGAGUCAUGAACAUAAUCCUUCACAACAAGACUUCCCCAUCAGAAUUAUCUGAAAUCAACGUGAUCCUCGGCGAGACCUUCGCAUCCGCCGUCCUCCAAUCCUGCAAAUCCCACGACAUCGACAUCUCCACCAUCGACAUCGUGGGAUCCCACGGCCAGACCAUCUGGCUGCUCUCCAUGCCGGAAACAGGCCAAGUCCGAAGCGCCCUCACCAUGGCCGAAGGCUCCUUCAUCGCCUCUCGCACCAGCAUCACCACCGUCACGGACUUCCGCGUCAGCGACCAGGCAGCAGGUCGACAAGGCGCCCCGUUGAUCGCCUUCUUCGAUGCCCUGCUCCUCCACCAUCCCACGAAGCUCCGCGCGUGCCAGAACAUCGGCGGUAUCGCCAACGUCUGCUUCAUCCCGCCCGACACCCACGGCGGCGUGAGCGAGUGCUACGAUUUCGAUACCGGGCCAGGGAACGUGUACAUAGACGCCGUGGUACGACACUACACACAGGGGUCACGGGAAUUCGACAAGGACGGCGAGAUGGGCGCCCGCGGCACAGUGGACCAGACGCUCGUGGACGAGUUCCUGAACCAUCCGUACUUCCAACUCGACCCACCCAAAACCACCGGCCGCGAGGUCUUCCGUGAUACCCUAGCCUUCGACCUUAUCCGGAAAGCCGAGGAACGGGGCCUAUCGCCUAACGACGUCGUCGCGACCGUCACCCGCAUCACGGCCCAGGCUAUCGUCGACCAUUAUCGGCGGUAUGCACCUGCUGGGAUGGACAUCAAAGAGCUGUUCAUGUGCGGUGGCGGCGCGUAUAACCCGAACAUCACGGCGUAUAUCCAGAAGAAUUACCCCAAGACAAAGAUCUGCAUGCUAGAUGAUGCUGGGAUACCCGCCGGGGCGAAGGAAGCUAUCACGUUUGCGUGGCAGGGCAUGGAGGCUAUCGUGGGCCGUUCGAUUCCUGUGCCGACGCGCGUGGAAACCCGUCGGGAGUAUGUGCUGGGCAAGAUCUCUCCGGGGAAGAAUUAUCGGGAGGUCAUGAGGAAGGGGGCACUCUUUGGAGUAGGGAGAGCUGAACUACCCCCGGUGCAGGAGUUGGUGAAUUACGUGGAUGGGAAGAUAUUUGAUAACAAAUGGUAG